CUUCUAGGCCUUCACAACACUCUUGGGACUUUCACUGGAUACACCUUGGAACACCUCGAGCUGAAACAUGGUGAAAAACUUUUCCGUGGACUGGCUUGCCCAGAGCUAUCACGACUCCAAACAGGAUCUGGACCCAGUGGAGACUUCUCAGGCUCCUGUAAGGCGACAUGUGCCUUGUCUGGUCCAGCCGCGGCCUCCCACCUCUUACGACAAGGUUUACCUUCAGCCCAAACUGAAAUGUAGCCGGAUUGAGGAGAACACAAGCACAGAGGAACAGAAGGAGAAGGAAGGCACUGUGUUUACGCACUCAGCGCAGAGAAACUGCACCUCUCCAAGCUCUUCAGAGAACAGCGGUUACUCUUCUGGGUAUGAGAGCGAGGCCGCUGCGUCUGAGUGUCCCUCCAUUGAAGACGGAAGUGAGGGGGAGAGAGAUGGAGGCGCCCAGCGCAGAAUCAGGACCAAAUUCACUCCAGAGCAAAUUGAGAAGUUGGAGAAAAUCUUCAGGAAACACAAAUACCUGGAUGCGAGUGAGAGGGUUAAAACCGCACAGAAGCUCAACCUAUCCGAAACUCAGGUUCGGACUUGGUUUCAGAAUCGCAGGAUGAAACUGAAGCGUGAGGUUCAGGAGCUGAGGGCUGAAUACACUCUCCCCGCUUUGCCCCACGUCCUCUUCCCAGCGGUUCCUUCGCUUCCCUUCCACUACGGCGGACAGCGCGUGACUUUCCCCGCAGCUCCUCACGUGCCAAACCCGCACGUGAUCCCAGCCAUCCCUGUUCAUCACCGCGCCAUCCCGCACCAGCAGAUCAUUCCUCAGCACAGCCACCACAUGAUCCCCAUGCAGCAUUACUACUAGACUUCACAAAAUACCAUGGAGAAUAUGUGGACACUUGCAUUCUUUUUUACUGUUGACGUGCAACAUACAUGAUGUACAGUUUUGUAUAGAGAAUUAUCAAGAAAUUUGUAUAGAGUUUUAUGGUAAAAAGUUUAUUUAUUG